AGCUCCCGGCCCGGUCCUCUCUGCACUCGCUUCAGUCCUCCCUCGUACUUAUAUCCCCGCCUUGACUUCUCCAUUCCCCUCCUACGCCUCCUCUUCCUCCUCCCCCUGUAGAGAGAGAGAGAGAGAGAGAGAGAGAACGAGAGAUGGGGAACAUCUGCGGUGGCUCCGGGAAGGCUCAUGUGGCGGUGGAUUACAGGCCACCUAGCCCAGAUGUCUUCCCUAAUCACUCUCAGGAAUGUUUGGAUAAUCGUGUAACAGGUACAACAAUGACCCCCAAGACAAGCGGCAGCAUAACCACCAGCAACAGCACCACGGGGAAGCUCUCCUCUGUGGACAGCAGCUUCAUGGCGUCAACCGGCAGCUGCAGCACGAGCGGCGGAUUCGACGAGGGGAACAAGUAUCCCGAGGGCCAGAUCCUGGAGGCGCCAAACCUCCGGACUUUCACAUUCAUCGAGCUCAGGGCGGCCACCAAGAACUUCAGGCCGGACAGUGUCCUUGGUGAAGGGGGUUUUGGGAGGGUGUACAAAGGGUGGGUGGAUGAGAAGACGAUGAACCCGGCGAAGAGCGGCACUGGCAUGGUUGUUGCGGUCAAGAAGCUCAACUCGGAGAGCUUGCAGGGGUAUGAGGAAUGGCAGUCAGAAAUAAACUUCCUAGGAAGACUCUCGCAUCCAAACCUAGUCAAACUCUUGGGCUACUGCUGGGAGGACAAGGAACUUCUUCUCGUUUAUGAAUUCAUGGCCAAAGGGAGCUUGGAAAACCAUCUUUUCAGGAGAGGAUGUGCUCCGCUAUCAUGGGAACUCAGGCUGAAGAUAGCCAUUGGUGCAGCUCGAGGACUUGCAUUCUUGCAUGCAUCAGAAAAGCAAAUUAUCUACCGUGACUUCAAAGCUUCCAACAUCCUUUUGGAUGCAAACUACAAUGCAAAGCUCUCCGACUUUGGCCUUGCUAAGCUUGGACCAACCGGUAGCAACUCGCAUAUCACAACUAGGGUGAUGGGCACAUAUGGAUAUGCAGCUCCGGAGUAUGUAGCUACUGGUCAUUUAUAUGUCAAGAGUGAUGUUUACGGUUUUGGAGUCGUGAUGCUGGAGAUGCUGUCCGGUCAGCGAGCGCUGGAUACCAACCGUCCAAAUGGACAACUCAGCCUUGCCGACUGGGCAAAGCCCUUCUUGGCUGACCGGAGAAAGCUUGCCCGUCUCAUGGACCAGCGGUUUGAGGGCCAGUACAAUUCCAAACAAGCCUUCCAGGCGGCGCAGCUGACGCUGAAUUGCCUGGCAGGCGAGCCCAGGAGCAGGCCAUCGAUGAAAGAAGUCGUCGAGACGCUUGAGAAGAUCGAGUCGAUGAAGAGCCGGGCAAGGGAGGCAAGAGGGAGUGGUUCGGCACGGGACUGCCAGCACAACGGUCGCAGCACGGCGCACCAGCGGUCGUCACCGCGCAGCGAACCGCGCCGUGGGUCGAGGGCCAACGGCCAUGCCACCAAGCCGCGUUGAUCCCGGCGGUGAAGCUGAUGACGAGUCUUCCUGUACAUGGCCUAAUUUUUUUGCCUGGUGUUCUUCAGUGUGUGAUGUGUGCUGAUGUUGUUGCUGCUGAUCAUGAUGAGUGUAAAACUAGCAACAAAGAGGAAUGGCUGUAAGUUGUAACCGAUAGUAAUAGAAGGAAGGAAUAAUUCUUCAAAAUGUCUUGCAAAAAUAGCUUUUUGCACCGUGUUGAAUGCUGUUGGUCUAUGAGCUGGAUCGUGAGUGCAUGAGCACGAAUGAAUGUGACGCUCCCUGAUCGAUCUGUUGGAGCAGAUAA